AUGGCCGGAAUUUCUGGAAGAAUCUACAGCGUUUCAGGCGCCGCUUCUGGCAUCGGAAGGGCUACUGUGAUCAGACUGGCAAGCUUGGGCGCUGGAGGUCUUGCAAUCAGUGAUGUCAAUGAAGCUGGUCUUAACGAGACUAUAAAACUGUGCGAACGGUAUCAGUCAAAGAUAACGACUACAGUCCUUGAUGUGAGAAAACCGGAAGACGUUGAUCAGUGGAUUGAGGAGACUGUAAGUCAGUUUGGAAAACUCGAUGGUGCGGCAAACGUGGCUGGAUUAGCGGGAGGAGAUGGCAGUAAUGUGGCAAGUCUGAACCACAGUGAUUGGGAUCGCAUGAUUGGUGUCAACUUAACAGGAGUUAUGAACUGUAUGCAUGCUCAGCUAAAGUCAAUGACACGACCUGGGGGAGCGAUAGUCAAUGUCGCAAGCACCUCUGGUCUGCGCGGGUUUCCGAAUAACUCUGCAUAUUCGUCCAGCAAGUUUGGGGUCAUUGGCUUGACAUUGUCUGCAGCUGGUGAGUAUGGAACUGAGGGUAUUCGAAUCAACGCAAUCUUACCAGGACCAAUCGAUACGCCGAUUAUUCGAGACGGAGAAAAGAAGGGACUCUUUGACGCAGCUUCCAUAUACAACAGUACUCUCAUGAAGCGCCUUGGUGAUGUGGACGAGGUUGCUAAAGUUUUAUGCUUCAUGUUAAGUGACGAUGCAUCUUAUGUCACCGGAGCUCAGUGGACUGUAGACGGCGGCUACAGCGCGUGUUAG